CGACAGAUACGGAUUAAAUAGAGGGUGGAAGAGGAGCAACUGACAGGCUCAAGAGCAAGAAACAGUGGGCAGUCAGAGAAGAGGCGGCCAGAGAACUAAGAAGCCAAUGGAAAUUCCAGAGAGGAGGAAGAGAAGAAGUUUCCUGCAGAGUAUCAUGUCCCUGCUGUGCGUUGUGAGCAAUCCGGCCUGCCACUCACUGUCGGAGGAAAGAGGCUGGUGAGACCCAGAGAGGAAGCCGGCGGGGAGAGACACCCACUGAAGGUCUCCUUUCCUCCUGCGUGCAGGUGCUGUAUCUUCAGUGCCUCAGAAGAUGCCUGGCACCUGGUAACCACUUAAUAAUCUUACUAAAUGAAUGAAUGAAAGAGAAGAACGACAUUGUAGGCAGAGGGAGCAUGAGGAGCCAAGACAAAGAGAAGUCUUGGCGUUUGUCCUCUGCUGAGCCAAGAUGGGUGACUGGAGCUACCUGGCAGAGUUCCUGGAGGAAGUACACAAGCACUCCACAGAGAUUGGCAAGGUCUGGCUCACAGUCCUCUUCAUAUUCCGCAUACUGGUGCUGGUCACGGCUGCUGAGUCAUCCUGGGGGGAUGAGCAGGCUGAUUUCCUGUGCGAUACGCUGCAGCCUGGCUGCGAGAACGUCUGCUACGACCAAGCCUUCCCCAUCUCGCACAUCCGCUAUUGGGUGCUGCAGGUCAUCUUCGUCUCCACACCGUCUUUGGUGUACCUGUUCCACACCAUGCACAGGGUGCGCAUGCAGGAGAAGCAGAGGCAACGGGAGGCAGAGAGGGCCAAACACGUGCAGGGCGCUGGCUCUUAUGAGUACCCAGUGGCUGAGAAGACAGCUCUGUCCUGCUGGGAGGAAGGGAAUGAAAAGAUUGUCCUCCAGGGCACUCUGCUCAACACCUAUGUCUGCAGCAUCCUGAUCCGCACCACCAUGGAGGUGGCCUUCAUUGUGGGCCAGUACCUCCUGUACGGGAUCUUCCUGGACACCCUGCAUGUCUGCCGCAGGAGUCCCUGCCCCCACCCCGUCAACUGUUAUGUAUCCCGGCCCACUGAGAAGAAUGUCUUCAUUGUCUUUAUGCUGGCUGUGGCAGGACUGUCCCUCUUCCUCAGCCUGGUUGAACUCUACCACCUGGGCUGGAAGAGGAUCAGACAGCGAUUUGCCAGGUCACGGCAGGGCAUGGCUGAGUGCCAGCUUCCUGGCCCCUCUGCUGGCAUAGUCCAGAAAUGCACACCACCGCUUGACUUCAAUCAGUGCCUCGAGAAUGGUCCUGGGGGGAAAUUUUUCAAUCCCUUCAGUAACAAGAUGGCCUCCCAGCAGAACAUAGACAACCUGGCCACAGAGCAAGUGCGAGAUCAGGAGCAGAUUCCUGGGGAAGGUUUCAUUCAUAUCCGUUAUGCCCAGAAGCCUGAGGUACCCAAUGGAGUCUCCCCAGGUCACCGCCUCCCCCAUUGUUACCAGAAUGACAAGCCUCGUCUCAGCAAGGCCAGCAGCAAGGCCAGGUCAGAUGACCUAUCAGUGUGACCCUCCAGCGUGAGGGAACCAGAACCAAGGGGGAACAAAGGAGGCUCAGAGAGGGAAGACGUGUCCGUUCUGACGGCGUCUCUCUCAUUCUCAUCACUGCUCUGCUCCUUUUGGGCUCUGGAUCUCAAUAGCAUUGCUCAUUUAUUCCAGAAGGUAUGACCAGGGCUCAGCAAGUGCAGUCAGAGACAUGGCUACCCACCCAGGCUGCUGUCCCUUCCCAAUCCUCUACCCAGUGUACUCAGUGAAGCCUUUCAGUUUACUCAUUGGACAAGUAAGAGGAAGAGAAGGGAACCAUGGCAAAUCUGGCCUGGGACAGAUAGCCAGAGGGACAAGAUGACUCUCUCUACACGAGCCAAAUACCAGAUGGGUUCUCCAAGUCUCUAUGGCUUCUGUGUGUGUGCGUGUGUGUGUGUGAGGGAGAUUGUCACUGAGCUAACAUCUGUGCCAAUCUUCCUCUACUUUAUAUGGGAUGCUGCCACAGUAUGGCUUGAAGAGGGGUGCUAGGUCUGUGCCCAGGAUUUGAACCUGUGAACCCCAGGCCGCUGGAGCAGAGCAUGAGAACUUAACCACUAUCCAACUGGGCCAGCCCUCCUUUUGGCUUUCCUGACCUGAUCUCUUCCUGCUGCAAGGAAGAGCCCAAAGUUCCCAGCCAAUAAAGAGCAUGAAUGAAGGAACUUGUGUUAGAUGUGCCGUUCAAUCUAUUGUCUCCUUGGGCCAUACUUUAGAGUUCUGGUGAGGUUUCUUUAGGCCGCCCUUGGCUACCCCCUCCCUCUACCCAGUCUUACUUAAAAAGAGGUCAUUGGAACUUGAUCAGCAGCCUCAGCUUUACAAGUGCCUUGAUCUGUACCUCUGGCAAAUGUCCCACCUUGGUGAUGUUGCAGCCUUUCCUUCUGGCAGAGUGUACAAGCAGCCUAAGAAAGUGCAAGCUCCUCUAGGGAGUCACUGUGUACACAGACUCCACUGGAAUUCCUGCCACCACCUGUCAUCCUGUGGCUCUUUUACAGUUCAACCCAAUGAUAGAAACCAUCCCUUCUCUUUCUCCCUUGGCUGUUCACUCAGUGUUCCUCCAAAGACCCUAUCAACUGGAAUGCCCCAGAAACUGUCAUCGUCUCUCAGAUCUUGACCAGAUCACAGCCAUGGAGGCCAGUGGAAUUUCCCUGGACCUAUUAAAACAAAGAGGGCAUUGUGCUUCUAAGAUUCCCCUUGGGAAAAAAUAAUUCUGCUGUGAAGAUGAAAAUAAAAAAGGAGAGAAAAUACUGGAAAAGGAUAUUUCCCUCCUAUUUAUUUCCCUUGCUAGCUGUCAACUUAAGAGUGCCAAGAGGUGGUGCGAUGACAGCUAUAGAGGCUCCGCAGAUCGCUCUCUCCCUGGAGGAUUUAGUCGGGGCAUGGAAGCAGUAGGGGAAUCUCCAGCUCCCUUGGCAGGGCCCUUGUUUAAGAGCAUAGAGAUUCCUAUGGUGCUCCUGAUGAGACUGCCACAUGGGGACUUCAAAAAAGCCCUGCCUUCCCCAGGGACUGGCCUGGUUUCUCUAUUCAGUCCACUCAUAAUGGGUGGUUGCCAUUUUGGAUGAAGAUAAAGGAUGCUCAAAACUGAAUACCAAGACUUAUAGGGAGAUGAUUACUUUCUAAAAUGCAUAUGUGUGUGUGUACACGUGCUGAUAGACCGGGUGAAGGAGAGGGGAGUCCUGAAAUAAGGAAAGGAAAUCUUAGGGAAAAUUGUGUCUUCCUGCCCUCCUUUCUAGAUGCCUGGCAGAGAGCCUGAGCCUCACUGUUUUCAGUAUCAUCAGCCUAAACAGAUAGGCAUGAAAAGUAGGAACAGAGGAGGGUGAAGGCUCAGAAGGAGGCUCAGCCUCUGCCCUACCUGCCCAUCUCUAGGCCUCUCUGUUGAUACCUAGAUGUUAUUGGUGGGUGGAAAGAAGGGUGAAGAUAGAGAGGUGGAGGGAACUGAUUGGGAUGCCAGUUAGAAAAGAAUGACUGGUCAUCCCAGGUCCCUGGAGGGGGCACCUUUCUAUAUUGUCUGGCAUUGGCAUUGACUUUCUCUCUCUCUCUCUCUCAAAAAAAAAAAAAAAAAAAAAAAAAAAAGCCUCUCUCUCCUUCCAUCUCUGAAAUGUGUUUGUUUCAUGAAACGAGUGUUCCUGGAUUAUAAAUUCUGUGAGACCAGUCCUUGAUGAUGUGGCUUCCAGGAAAGAAAAAGCUGUAAAUGUGUAGUUUGUCUUAAUAAAAUUUGGCCCUACAUCAA